CCUAACGUUAGAAUAAGGUUUUCACAUAAAUUUAAAAAAAAAAAAAAAGACUUUUUUUUACAAGAUAUUAUGAGUCAAACCCAGAAACCCAAAAUUGUUUUUCAGUUCCAUCCCUAUUUCAAGUUUAUCACUUCUUCCACUUUCUGCUAAGGUCACCUAUAUUUCCGUUGUGUCCUCCAUAUAAUUUCAAGCUUUGAACCUCUGUCGCGGAGGAAUCGGGAUUUUUUUUCCAUUAUAUUCUUCUUCUUCUGUCUUUUGUUUGUUUGGAAGAAAAAAAUAUCCACUCUAAUUUUAGUACUAUUUUCUUUUUCUCUUUUCUUCUUCUUUUGUAGGGUUUUUCAUUUUUGGUUUCUCCUUGUAAUUGAAUUGGAAGAAAUAUUUUUUUUGGGUUUCUUUCUUAUUAUCCGCUUCACUUUCCCUUUUCUGGGUCUAGUUCUUGUUUCUUAAUAGUCCAUUUCUUCGUUUUUCAAGAGCCUACCAGAAAAGGAAUUUUUUUUUUUUGUUUUUCUCAUUUUUUCUCAAAAGAAGAAUUAAAAAGAAAAUUUUGUUGACAAUCAAUAUUCUGAAUUUCUAGCUAUUGAAAAUGGCAUAACGACUUUGAUUGCCGUAAAUAAUGUAAAUAUUUUUCUUUAGGGAUUUUAUAGUGCUGUAUCUGUUUCCACCUGCUUCUUUUUUAUCAAAUCAUUUCAGGGAAAACCCAACUUUUCAAGCUUCAAAAAAUUGACCUUUUCACGGUUUCCAGCUUGAGGGAUUCAUUCAUUUGAUAAGACCUUUCGCAAAAACACCCAUCUCUCUCCUUCCAUCUUUUUCUUCCCUGAUCUAUCGCAAUAGCGUCCAAGGAAAUGUUUGGGACACAAAACAAGAGAGAACUUGCUAUUGAGUUCCAAUCCCAAAUCCCGAUUUUGAGGCCAAGCAUCCAUGCCAGGAGAGCAAAUCUCACUGUCAAAUUCCAGGACCUUUAUGGGUUCAUGGUUGAGGGCAAUGUGGAUGAUGUCAACGUGUUGAAUGAGGUUAGAGAGAAGGUCAGGCAACAAGGCCGUGUUUGGUGGUCUCUUGAGGCUAACAAAGGCGCAAACUGGUAUUUACAGCCACAAAUUUCCUCUAUCUCUGAGGGAAUUGCGCUUAAGUCUUCCCUCAAAUUCUCUACUUUGGCGAAUGCCAUCACGUUGAAGAGGUUGAUCAGGAAGGGAAUACCGCCCGUGCUCAGGCCUAAGGUCUGGUUUUCGCUCUCGGGUGCCGCCAAGAAGAAGUCUACGGUGCCUGAGAGCUAUUAUAAUGAUUUGACAAAGGCCGUAGAGGAUAAAGUCACGCCGGCUACGAAGCAGAUUGAUCAUGACCUGCCAAGAACCUUCCCUGGUCACCCAUGGUUGGACACUCCUGAAGGUCAUGCUUCUUUACGACGGGUGCUUGUUGCAUAUUCUUUCCGUGAUUCUGAUGUUGGCUACUGUCAGGGCUUAAAUUAUGUUGCAGCAUUGCUAUUGCUUGUGAUGAAGACAGAGGAAGAUGCGUUUUGGAUGCUUGCUGUCCUCCUGGAAAAUGUUUUAGUCAAUGAUUGCUAUACAAAUAAUUUAUCAGGCUGCCAUGUUGAGCAGCGAGUUUUUAAGGAUUUGCUCGCUAAACAGUGCCCAAGGAUAGCUACCCAUUUAGAAGAGUUGAGUUUUGAUGUUUCCCUUGUUGCCACCGAGUGGUUCCUAUGCCUCUUCUCAAAGAGCUUGCCUUCAGAGACUACACUGCGAGUAUGGGAUGUCCUCUUCUUCGAGGGAGCAAAGGUCCUUUUUCAUGUGGCUUUGGCUAUAUUUAAGAUGAGAGAAGAGGAGUUGCUUCUAACCCAUCAGGUUGGUGACAUAAUUAACAUAUUACAGAAAACAACUCAUCAUCUGUUUGAUCCUGAUGAUUUGUUGACGGUGGCUUUUGAUAAAGUUGGGGCUAUGACGACAAACACCAUAUCAAAGCAAAGGAAAAAGCAGGAGCCAGCAGUCAUGGCUGAACUUGACCAGAGACUGAGAAGAUUAAACUCACUGAAGAUGGGUGACAAAUAGAUGGGGUUUGUUGGGGAAGAAGCAGAUCAAAUCAAAUUUGUAUAUCAGAAAGACAUCCAAGAAGGGGCAUGCUGCCCCUCUGGAGAAGAAGAAGAAAAAUUAACUUAAAAACCCUUGUUAUUCCAUACAGGGGAAGGAUCAGAUCAGAUGAGAUAAACCCAGAGAGUGUCUGGUGUUUCCCAGAAUGUUGUAGGUCAUAAAUUGUAAAUUUUGAGUUUGUUACAUACCAAAUCUCAUACGUUAAAUUUAAUUGACAUACUGAUGAUCAGGGGGUACUGCUGUAUGUUCCUUGCCCUCUUGAUGUUUGCUUUGUUGUGAUGUGAACUUCAUCAAAAGGAUCAAACGUACUCCAUUAUCUACUAAACUUAUCACCUAA